UUCUCAGGACACAAGGAUGCAAUUGAAGCGGCAAGAUUGCUAGUAGAGACAGGUAUGAAAUUUGAUGUUGUAUUCACCUCUCUGCUUAGCCGAGCUGUGUGCUCCGCCAAAGCAAUACUUGACGAGCUUGAUCAGAAGCAAAUCCCGAUUGAAAAGGCUUGGCAACUGAAUGAGCGACAUUACGGUCAUCUGACGGGCAUGAAUAAGGAAAAAGCUGUGGAGCAAUAUGGAUAUAAACAGGUACAACUUUGGAGGAGAAGUUUUGACAUUCUUCCACCUCCAAUGUCCAAGGAUCACUUCUGUUACGAUGUGAUUGCAGACUAUUUCAAAAAGUUCGGAGAUGACAUCCAUGUUCCUGAAGUUGAAUCGCUAAAAACCACUAUGGAAAGAGUUGUUCCUUACUGGAGGGCAACAAUUGCUCCUUGUAUUUUGAGCGGCAAGAAUGUCCUGAUUGUAUCACACGGCACAGUAUUGAGAAGUCUGAUAAAACACAUUGAAGGUAUUUCCGAUUCAGAAAUAACUAACAUAAAUGUACCUACAGCGAUUCCAUUCAUAUACGAGUUCAAUUCAGAGCUGAAACCUCUAAACCAAAACGUUUCUUGGUGAUCAAGAUAAACUCGAGUUAUCCAUCAAGAGAACAGCUUCUAUAACCAGAUCGAAAUAGAAACAAAUUAACCAAGACUAAGAUAUUACAAUUUUUGAAAUAUAUUUUUUCAAAACGUUCGCCAGUAGUAUUAGUUUGAGGAAAGACUGAUUCAAUAGGCCUCAAUGAUAUUUUUGACGGUAUUGUUAGGUACCGUACAUUUACAAAAUUUUCAUCAUGUUAUAGAUAAUAAUUAAUUAAUAUGUAAAUUAGACCUAAAUAUGGUGAAAUACUAACAGUAUUAUUUCAAAAUAUUCAUGGUUUUUAGAAUUCUCUAUUAUGGUAAACGGAGUUUGUUAUUAAAAUGUUAGGUAUUAAUAUUCACUAUAGGUACCGUGCAGUAUCUAAUUUUUUUGACUUUAAUAUUAUUUAUGAAUGAAAUAAAAUACAAAAAAUAACUACAGU